AUGGCUACCAAAAACGUUGUCGUUUUUGGAGAGCGUGGCGUUGGAAAAAGCUCCAUCGUCAACCUCCUCGCAGGGCACAAGGUCGCUAAGACCUCCCCAGACACCGAUGUUUGUACAUUGCAUUACGAAGCGUAUGAUGUUACCAUCGAGAACGUGCCGCAUCGCAUCUAUGACACUGCCGCGGCCGACAGCGACCGCGUAGACCCUAGCGGAUUUCUCGAGGCCAUCACCAAUGCUCACAAGUUGAUGAAGGAGCUGAGUGGGAAAGGAGGAGUGCAUCUGCUGUUGUACUGCAUCAAGGCGGGCAGGAUGCCAGUGAUGUUUGUCUCCAACUACAGGCUAUUUUACGAAGUUCUCUUUGAGGAGAAGAUACCAGUCGCGGUCGUCAUUACUCACCUGGAGGGAGAGAUACGCAUGGAUGAGUGGUACACGCGGAACAAGGGGUGGUUCGAGCGUCAUGCGGUCAAGUGCAUUGAUCAUGCCUGUAUCACUGCGGCAGACGAUCCGGAAUACAGGGAGAAGUACGACAUGUCCAGAACAGAAGUGGGUGACUUGAUCAGACGCCACGCGAAUACGGUGGAGAACUGGAAUGGAGGGGAUGCGUGGCUUGGGAGGUUCACUGGAAAGUUAAAAGGCCUCUUAACGGGACGUCCAAGCAAAUGUUAUUCGAAAUCUUGCUCUCGAAGGGUGCGUAGUCUUCAAAUGCUCUAUAUUUUCAAAAUAGUAAUAAGCGAGAAUAGGCAUAAAGUUAUUGUGCUCUUUGGGGAGAUGGGUGCAGGCAAAAGCUCACUCGUCAACCUCAUGGCGGGAGAGGAGCUAGCGAGCGUAUCUCCUGACAUGAAACGAUGUACGAUGCGCUGGCAAGAGUAUAAUGUCAGCUUCGGCGACAAGUCUUAUAAGGUCUUCGAUACCAUCGGAAUCGAGGAACCGCAGCUGGGAAUGAAAGAGUACCUCGAAUCUGUCGAGAACGCCUAUCGCCUUAUCAAGGAAUUGGAUCACCAAGGCGGCAUUGAUCUGCUUCUAUUCUGCAUUCGUGCCGGCAACGUCUCCGCUGCACUUCAGAGCAAUUACCGGCUCUUUCACGAAUUCCUCUGCGAGAAGAAGGUUCCCAUUGUUCUUGCGAUCACGAACCUCGAAAGAGAGCAGAGGAUGGAGCAUUGGUGGGAGAGAAACAAAGGCACCUUCGACAACUAUCAGAUCCAGGUCGCUGGUCAUGCGUGCGUCACCGCCGCUAAUAGAUUGGAUGACAGACACAAAGACCUUUACGAAGAAUCGCGGGUCACGAUCCGCAUCCUUGUUGAAAAAUUUACUGCUGACGGGCAGAAGCAAGCAUGGAGAGGAGGGGACGACUUGUUCGUGUCAUUGACGAGUAAGCUGAAAAAGUUGCUUUCAGGGAGUCUGCAUGUGAGAAGGAAGGAUCUUGCCCCUCAUCUGACGAAGCGUUGCGGUGUUUCUCCAGACGUUGCAAAACAGUUGGCUGAUAUGAUCAAGCAAGACGUAGAAGCUGAUUAA